AUGCUUGGAGUUGCUCAAAUUAGCCUGCUGGAUGCACCCCUCCCUUUCCCAACACGUUUAAGGGGCGCUUUGCACAGCGAGGACGUCAACAGAUGUGAGCAACAGCCCUGUCAAAAUGGUGGUGUGUGUCAGAACCACGGUGGAGGAUUCCAAUGUCUUUGCUCCAAGCAGAGCCUGAACGGGCGCCUGUACGAAAGUAACAGUGCAUGCACUGAGCCCCCAAGUUGCCCACAGGCACUCAUCAUUAAACAGGAAUACCGGGAGGUUUUUCCUGAGAAUACCGAAAUACAAUAUAAAUGUAAAGAUGGAUAUGUUACAGAGGAAGGAGUCCACAUGAAAUCCAUCUUUUGCAGAGAUGGAAGCUGGUCUGAAGGCCCAAACUGCAGUCGCUCCUCCACAGAUGGAAACAUUAAACCAACUAUUAUAGCAAAUCCCCUUAUGCACGACGGGGCACCGUUCCAGGUUCUGGACCAGCAAGUGAUGGUUUUUGGGCUGUCUGGCCUUCCUUCCACAUAUCCAUCCUCACAUUCGUACCGCAGCACAGACUGUGCCGCAAACACCUCCUUCGGCCCCUGA